AUGACUGCCUUGGAGGCACCGUUUCCUGUGCGCGUCGCCCGCAUCGCCGGCCGCUACCUCAUCUUUGACCACGAGGCCGCGGCGGCGCUGCGCCGACAUGUCAACACAAAUGGCGUGCUGGUCGGCACGGCGCCGCAGCAGCCGACGCAAAACAUCUUUCUCGGCUUGCCUAUCGAGUUGCGGCCCGAAGAGGUUGAAGCCCUGGUGCGCCGAGGCGCCGCGUAUGUCGUAGAUGCCGCCGCCGCGCACAGCGACGCCCUCUCCUCGUAUCGUGAUCCGGCACGGCGGCGCGCGUAUAUAGAUUCCCUCCGCAGGCAAAAGGGAGCCGCGCAGGCCGCCCUUGCCGAGCGCAGCGCCCAACGUGCCGCCGACGUGGCUGAUAAACUGAAGCGCGGCAUCAACAAAAAAGGCGCCGCCGCAGCAGCAGCAGCAGCCGCCGUCACAAACCCGCCAGAGCAAGUAGACACGCCGUCGCAAGUAAAGACGAUUGGUAUCACGCCCACCUCCAGCACCAACCUCCUGCCGGCGCGUGCCCUCGACACGCACCGCCGCGCCGACGAGCUGACGCUGGACGAGGCCGCGCCGCUGUGCAGGCACCUGCUUGACAACGGCUACCACAUGACGCCCGGCCUGCGCUUCGGCGCCCACUACAGCGUGUACCCCGGCGACCCGCUGCGCUUCCACGCGCACUUCAUGGCCAGCCAGUACGUCUGGGACGAGCCGAUUCCUAUCCUGGACAUUGUCGCCGGCGGCCGCCUCGCCACCGCCGUCAAGAAGGCAUUUCUACUGGGCGGUGAGCAGCCGGCUACGAGCGAUGAGGGAGAUUCCAAGCCUCGAGUGAGAACCUUUUGCUUAGAGUGGGCCGCUAUGUAA